AUGGCCUGUCCUGAUGCAGAAACAGUAGUUCUGAGGAAGAAAAGCUUACUGUAGAUCUUUUGUUGCUACCCAUGUUUAAUGCAGCAAUAGGUGAGCACAUGAUCCCUUUCUUUGCAGAAAAGAAGGCUAUCAUGGCUCAUGACCAAUGACCAUCAUUUCCUGGUCUCAGACCUCACAUUCUACUGUUCCUUUUGCCUGUAGAGUUGUCACAGCAAGCAGCAUCACAAGGCCUCUUCUCCAUGGGAGAAACCACAAGAAACCAAGCCCCUUGUGCGAUGGCAGAGACAGGUGAAGCCAGGAGGAAGCUCAAGAGAAGCAACAGAAGCAAGAAGCAAGAACAGAGGAGAGCCAAGAAGUCACCUGCUUGGAGAGCCCUGAGAAACUUAUUCUCGUGUAAGGAUCAGAGAGAUGCACGAGGGAGGAAGAAAGACAAGAAGAGGGACAGCACGAGUGAGACGAGUCAGGAAGCAACCACAGCCGCUGCAGUGAAUCCUUGUAAUACUUCUAGCAGAUCCCUGAGAUCUCCUUGCAAGGAUGUCAGUGGGGAUAUAUCCACUUCCUUCGCUUCUUAUUCAUCCGCCUCUAUCGUUGCCUCUGCUACUGCGUCUUCUUCAUCAUCAUCCUCUUCUUCUGUCGGAGGAUCUCUUACUGGAAUGCACCUCAGGAGGCUUUCUGGGUGCUACGAGUGUCAUGUGAUGGUUGAUCCCAUUAAUGGACCAUCCAGGGAUCCUUCCAUGAGGGUUUCAAUCUGUUCUUGCCCGCACUGCGGGGAGAUAUUUGUGAGGCCUGAGUCUUUGGAGCUUCACCAGGCGGUCAGACAUGCAGUAUCAGAAUUGGGUCCUGAGGACACCAGCAGAAACAUCAUCGAGAUCAUUUUCCAGUCAAGCUGGCUCAAGAAUCAAACUCCAGUUUGCAAGAUAGACAGGAUCCUGAAGGUCCACAACACCCCGAAGGCCAUCACAAGGUUCGAAGACUACAGAGACUCCAUCAAGACCAAAGCCGACAACAAGCUCGCCAAAAAGCAUCCGAGGUGCGUCGCCGAUGGGAACGAGCUCCUGAGGUUCCACUGCACCACCCUCGCGUGUUCCCUUGGCUUCAACGGCUCCACCAAUCUGUGUCAGUCGAUGGAACGCUGCAACGUGUGCAGCAUCAUCCGAGACGGGUUCAAGCUCGAUGAGGCCGGGAAGGUCCAAACCAUGGCGACCAGCGGGAGGGCGCAUGACAUGGCUCGCGUAAGCUCGUCGGACGAGGAGAAGAGAGCGAUGCUGGUUUGCAGGGUGAUCGCGGGGCGGGUGAAGAAGAAGAGCCAAGAUGCCGUCGAUGAGUUCGACUCGGUUGCGGGUUCUGCAGGAACGUACUCCAACAUAGAUGAGCUGUUUGUGUUCAGCCCCAAAGCCAUAUUGCCAUGUUUCGUGGUGAUAUAUACAGGUUUUUAGUGUCAUCACUGUAUGUCAUGGUUCUUUGCUUGGAUUCAUUGUCUCGUGCAUUUUGUGUUGUGAUGUCUAGAGGUUUCUGGUGUCAUCAUCAUUGCAAGUUCUGCU